CCUAUUUCUUGUGUAGUGUACCUGUCUCGAAGUAAUCGGAUACCAUCGUCGCUGUGCUUACAUCUGCAUCCGGGUCGGUGACCGAUCUCUACUUUCACCGUCAUGGCGCCUGCGUCUUCAGAGCAGAAUUUUCGGGCAAACUUGCAGCAAUUCAGGUGGUCGAGGGGUGUAACCGACGAUUCACAGCCCCCGCAGACGCAGCCGUCCUCCAAUCCUUUCUCGAGGUUCUAUCAAUCUAUUGCCGGCGACUACGUACCCCUACGCUCGAGCGAGCGAAGUAAUGAAGAAGAGGCCUGGUUUGCGUUGUCAAGCUGGGAAAGGCUUCUGGGAUUCGGGGCGUGUCUCAUUGGUGCCGCGGUCUGCUUCUUCAUUGCAUUCUUAACUAUCUUGCGGCCGACCAAGUUUGCUCUCUCGUUCAGCCUUGGGAGUUUACUGGUUAUGUUUGGCUUUUCCGUUCUUAUAGGACCAAUAAAUCACAUCAAGCAUCUUGUAUCCAAGGAGCGGCUGCCGUUUACUAUCGUCUACUUUGGCAGCCUAGGAGCAACCCUUUACUUCUCGUUAGGGCUUCAAUCUUUCUUGGGAUCAUUAAUAUGCGGUGUGGUCCAGGUUGUAACCCUACUGGCCUAUAUACUCGCGUACUUCCCCGGUGGAACCCAAACAUUACGACUUGGUGGCCAAUUGGCAGCUCGCAGUGCUGGAAGCCUUUUGCCUCGGUAGUGGCAUAUUGUACUGUGAUGCCGACAUAAUUAAAUUUACUGAUAUACGACUCGGAUAAGAAGACCCAGAAAAUACAAUCAAUCAAUAAUCCAUC